AUGCUUCGAUUACAAUCGCUCGCCGUUUUAGUGUUUAUUGGACUUGUUGCCUAUGCAAACAGUUUAUCAAUUAAGCCAAUCAAACCAAUCAAACCAAUAGAAUUAACUGACAAUGUCAAAGGACUUCGUGUUGGUGGAAUAAAACAAGUGUGUGGUGGUGCAGAACUUGAAAUUCUAUCUAUCGAAGAUAGCCGAUGUCCAGCAAAUGUUAUGUGCAUUUGGGCAGGAUUAGCUAAAGUUCAAGCACGUCUUUCGAACAAGGAAGCAUCAGAAACUGUUGACUUAGUACUCGGCUUACCUCAAAACAACGUCGAAGUUACUCUUGGUGCUAAUGUUUAUGCAGUUACCCUUGAAAGUGUUGUUCCAUAUCCUGGACUUGGCGUGAACAACGCUGUGAAAGAAGCUGUUGUUGAAGUAACAUGCUCUUAA